AUGGAAAAUGUUCCUUAUGCAAAUGCCAUAGGAACUAUUGUGUAUCCUAUGAUAAGUACCAGGCCUAACAUUACUCACUCAAUUUCCUUACUAAGCAGAUACAUGUCAAACCCUAAAAAAUCUUAUUGGGAUGCCUUGAAAUACUUGCUUAGAUAUAUUAAUGGUUCAGUUAACUGUGGCUUGUGUUAUAAAAGAAGAUAUGAUAAUCUUGAUCUUGUGAGAUAUGUAGAUUCAGAUUUUGUAGGUGAUAAAGACUCUAGGAAAUCCAAUACCGCUUACUUCUUUACAUUGGGAGGUAACUGCAUCAGUUGGAAGUCACAAUUGCAGCCCCUAAUUGCAUUGUCUUCCACUGAGACAAAAUACGUGGCAAUCAUUGAUGCCUUUAAAGAAGCCAUUUGGCUUCAAGGCCUCCUGAGGGAAAUCAAUUUGCUUCAAAUCAAAGUGGUGGUGUUGUCGGAUAGUCAAAGUGCUAUCCACCUCUGUAAAAAUCCGGUAUAUCAUGAGAGGAGUAGGCACAUUGAAGUAAAGUAUCACUUUGUCCAAGAACUGGUAACAAAUGGAACUGUGAUGAUUAAAAGGGUUUCUAUCGAGGAUAAUCCAGCUGAUAUGGGAACCAAGACUUUGACUGCAGUCAAGUUCAAGCAUUGCUUGAGUUUGCUGCACAUUGAAGUGGAGAUUGUUGUGGGUGAACCAUCAAAACGCUGCCAUCUUGAUUGGAGGGCAAUAUCGGGAACCUCAGCAGUCCACAUGAACGGUUGA